AUGGAUGAUGACUCUAAUAAACUGGAUUCAUACCUGGGCAGCGGCGGCGGAAAGAAGUGGGUAAAAAUAGUGCAGGAGUGGAAGAUACUGCAGGACAGCUUGCCAGACACAAUCUAUGUACGUGCGUUUGAGGACCGUAUGGACCUGCUCCGGGUGGCGAUGGUGGGCGCGAGCGGGACGCCUUACCAGGACGGGCUCUUUUUCUUCGACCUGCAGCUACCGUUGUCCUACCCGGACGUGCCACCGCAGGUGUACUACCACUCCUUCGGUAACCGUCUGAACCCAAACUUGUAUGCCUCUGGCACGGUGUGCCACAGCCUGCUCAACACUUUCGGCGGCGAGGGCACCGAGGUCUGGGUGCCAGGGACGUCGAGCCUCCUUCAGGUGGCCGUCUCCCUCCAGGCCCUCGUCCUCAACAACCAGCCCUACUACAACGAGGCCAACUCCGAGCACCUGGUCGGCACGCCACGGGGCCACCGCCACGCGUUGCCUUAUAACGAGAACGCCUUCUUGCUCACUCUUCGGACCAUGCUCCAUCUGUUGCGCCGACCGCCGCGGGGCUUUGAGGGGUUCAUCAGGGACCACUUCCGCCGAUGCGGGAGAUGCAUCCUCGCGACGUGUGAAGCGUACCUGCAGGGAUGCGUGCCCGCCGAUCAUGGGAGGAUGGAGUUGUCGUGCUCCACCGGCUUAAGGAUCGCGCUUGACAAUGUCUUGCCCAGGCUCACGGCAGCGUUCACACAGAUUGGUGACGAAGGGAGCUGCUGCUGA